AAAACUACUCAAAACUGCGUGAUGAAGGUCAGGACCCUCUUGAUCUUCCUGUCCGGGAUGUGUUUACUCUUAAACACGUGCCAGUCGGAAGAGGCCAACACUGACAAGCCAAACAUUGUCCUGUUUAUGGUCGAUGACCUUGGCAUUGGAGACCUGGGUUGCUAUGGCAAUGAUACAGUGAGGACCCCGCACGUGGACCGCUUAGCCAGGGAAGGUGUGCAGCUGACCCAGCACAUCUCGGCAGCCGCCCUGUGUACCCCGAGCCGCUCAGCUUUCCUGACGGGAAGAUACCCCAUCCACUCAAGAAUGGUUUCUAAUAGAACUUCCCGCGUCAUCAUCUCACUUGGAGCCUCGGCUGGACUCCCGACAAAUGAGACGACGUUUGCAGCCUUACUCAAGAAGCAAGGCUAUAGCACGGGAAUCAUAGGCAAAUGGCAUCAAGGCUUAAAUUGUGAAAGCCGAAGUGACCACUGCCACCACCCUUAUAACUACGGGUUCGAUUACUUCUACGGCAUGCCUUACACUCUGAUUAACCCCUGCUGGCCAGAUCCCUCGCGGGACAUGGAAUUAGCCAUCGAGAGCAAACUCUGGCUCUGCGUGCAGCUGGUCGCCGUGGCAGCACUCACCUUCGCCUUGGGGAGACUGAAUGGCCUAGUCUUGGUCCCCUUGUCCCUCAUCCUCUCCAUGAUCGUGUUUAUCUUCCUCCUGGGCUACUUUUGGUUCUCCUCCUGUACAUCCCAACUGUACUGGAAUUGCUUUCUCAUGCGAGAACAUGAGAUCACCGAACAGCCUAUGAAGGCAGAGAGAGCGGGGUCCGUCAUGGUGAAGGAGGCGAUCUCGUUUCUAGAAAGGCACCGCGAAGGACAGUUCCUCCUCUUCUCCUUUCUUCACGUUCACGGCCCCCUCCCCACGUCAGACGAGUUCCUGGGCACCAGCAAGCACGGCUUGUAUGGGGAUAACAUGCAGGAGAUGGACGCCGUGCUGGGCAAGAUUCUUGAUGCCAUCGAGGAUUUGGGUCUGAGGAACCACACCCUUGUCUACUUUACGUCAGACCACGGAGGGCACCUGCAGGAGAGGCGCGGCCACGCCCAGCAUGGGGGAUGGAAUGGAAUAUACAAAGGUGGAAAAGGAAUGGGUGGCUGGGAAGGUGGAAUCCUUGUCCGCUGGCCCACAAAAUUGCCAGCUGGAAAAGUGAUUGACGAACCAACUAGUUUAAUGGAUAUUUUCCCAACGCUGGCUGCGAUGUCCGGCGGAGCUCUUCCUCAAGACAGGAUGAUUGACGGCCGAAACCUCCUGCCCUUGCUUCAGGGAGACGUCCAGCUCUCAGAGCAUGAGUUCCUGUUCCACUGCUGUGGUUCUUUCCUGCAUGCUGUGAGGUGGCACCCGCGGGACAGGGAGGCAGUGUGGAAGGCUCAUUAUGUGACCCCAAUAUUCCAGCCGCCGGGGGCUCAGGCCUGCUACGAGACCACCUACUGCAGAUGUUCGGGGGAACUGGUCACCUACCAUGACCCGCCUCUUCUCUUUGACCUCUCCAGGGACCCCUCCGUGUCCACCCCUCUGACUCGGGACACAGAACCGCUCUAUGAUUCAGUCAUCCAGAAGGUGGCAGACGCCCUGAAGGAACACAAGAAAAGCAUCGUGCCGGUCCGGCACCAGCUGUCGGAAUUGAAUUAUGAUGUGGUGCAGCUGAAACCUUGCUGUGGGGUGUUCCCGUUUUGUCUGUGCGACAAGGAGGAGAGCUCCUAGGUUGUUGGGUCGUAAGGAGAAGCAGCAGUGGAGACCAAGCUAUGAGGGUUGUCCACUUGUGCAUGUUCUAACUGGCCAAGGGAUGAAUUUGGGGAUGAAGGGGAGAAGAGGAUGUCAUCUCAAGAUGUACCAUUCUGGGAUGGAUUGUCUUGAGCUAAAGGCAGUUAAGACCCAGCAGGCUCGGAAAAAGCUUUUGGCCACUCCCUUAACUGCCUAAAAGAAUUUAGAUGGGGAAUCUAUACGAGAAAGAGAAAGGUUACCAGAGAUAGCUUUCUAUAUCAGAAAGAUGUAUGUGCGCACAAUGGCAAAUACUCGUCUACUGAGCGUCUGCUCUUCUCCUAUUCCUGGCAACUGCCUUUCUCCCCUUUGCAGCCCUAGACCCCUGCCGCCUUCUGCUUACCACAGGUGGGUGUGUAAACCCCCGAUG